CUCUCAACAAGUACAUCAAUUCUCAAAAGGUUAGAUUUUUUUUUUCAAUUAUUUUUAUUAUUCCCGACACUUUCUUCUUUCCUCUACUUUGUUCUUCUUCGCCUCUGUGUGUUGAAUUAAAGUGAAAAAAGAAAAAUCCGAAAAUGCCUUAUCGUUCAAAAAUUUCCCAUUACAAAUUCCUUUUGAGACACCCUUUUCAAUCAUCUCCAAAACCCGCAUCUCCAUUAACCAUCAACUCGCUUUCACCGGUUCCAACAAAGCUGGUUAACUCAGUCCCAUUUCCAAAACCCCUUUUUUUCCACUCAAAACCCAAUCUUUUUCAAUACCCAAUCUUCCAAACCUCACAGACGCAACACCCAACUCACCAGAACCUGAGAAAGUACAGUAAUGAGUCAGCAUCUGGGUUGGACGUAAACAAGGAAGUUGACUCCAUCAACCUCAAGUUUGCAGAGGCAAGAGAGGAGAUAGAGAUGGCAAUGGAGUCUAAAGAGACUGUUUACUUCAAUGAAGAAGCAGAGUGUGCUCGUGCGGCUGUUCAAGAGGUUUUGAACAUGUUUGAAGGGCUUUUGGGGAAGCUACCGGAAUCCGAAAAGUCUGCUUUGCAACGUUCGAUGGGGCUUAAGAUUGAGCAGUUAAAGGCGGAGCUUCAACAGUUGGAUGAUUGAUGAGAGACCUGCCAAAUAUGAAGAAAACCUUAGAAGAAAUUGAAUAAACUCAUGUCAGAUGGAUACCUGUGUCUGACACACACCCCUUAGAAGAAACGAAAUGAACUUGUGUUGGAUGCAUAUCGGAUACUCACCCAAGUCUGAGUAACAUACCCUGCGCAUUCCAUUUUUUCUCAGGAACUAGCAAAUUGAUACAUUUUCAUGGUUCGAGAAAUGAAUGGCUGUUUUCUGUAAACAAAUGUUCUGUUAUGAGCACAUUAUCUGAACAUGAGUGAAGCUUUGAUUUAGGAUUUAUGAAAAACUUAGUUUGAAUACUCAGCCAUUUGUCAAUAUAAUCAGUCUGAAUUAUUAGUUUGCUAAGAAACUUUUGCUUCUUUCAAACUAGAAGCCUUAAUUAGUGGAAGUCAAACCAGAUAACUCCAUAGAUUGCAGUGGGUAUGAUUGUAUGUUUUGGAUUUAGGUUCUUCCUUGCACGGGAGCUAAUGCAUGUUAAG